AACAGAAAAUCAUGGCGUCUGAAACAAGCAGCACAGAACUGAAGAGGAAAUUGGAUGUGGAUGAAGACAACGGGGGCGACGCUGGAGAGGAUGAAUGGGUUGGACCGAUGCCCAGUGAAGCUACGCAUUCAAAGAAGAGAAAAGUUCUGGAGUAUGAACGUGUAUACCUGGACAACCUUCCCUCCGCAGCCAUGUAUGAACGGAGCUACAUGCACAGAGACGUUAUCACGCACAUUGUCUGCUCUAAAACGGAUUUCAUCAUCACAGCCAGUCAGGAUGGCCAUGUCAAGUUCUGGAAGAAGAAAGAGGACGAGGGAAUUGAAUUUGUGAAACAUUUUCGAAGCCACCUUGGGGUGACUGAAUGCAUUUCAGUCAGCGCAGAGGGUGCACUGUUUUGCUCAGUAGGGGAUGACCAGGCCAUGAAAGUGUUUGAUGUUGUCAACUUCGACAUGAUCAACAUGCUCAAGCUGGGCUUCCACCCUGGCCAGUGCGAAUGGAUCUACAAUCCGGGCGAUGCGAUCUCCACGGUGGCAUGCUCAGAAAAAUCAACUGGAAAGAUCUUUGUGUAUGACGGAAGGGGAGACAACAACCCGCUCCACACGUUCGAUAAGAUGCACUCCGCCCCCCUGUCCCAAAUCCGACUGAACCCGCGCUUUCGGGUCAUCGUCUCCGCAGACAAGGCGGGCAUGCUGGAGUAUUGGACCGGCCUUCCAAACGAAUUCAAGUUCCCCAGACACGUCGACUGGGAAUUCAAGACGGACACGGACUUGUAUGAGUUUGCCAAGUGCAAAACUUAUCCCGUCAGCCUGGCCUUCUCGCCCGACGGCAAGAAAAUGGCCACCAUUGCCUCAGACAGGAAAGUGAGGAUUUUCCGCUUCCUUUCAGGGAAGCUGAUGAGAGUGUUCGAUGAAUCGCUGACAAUGUUCACAGAACUGCAGCAGAUGCGGCAGCAGUUGCCUGACAUGGAGUUUGGCCGCAGGAUGGCCGUGGAGAGGGAGCUGGAGAAGAUUGAUGGCAUUAGGCUGACAAACAUUGUCUUUGAUGAGACGGGACAUUUCGUCCUCUACGGAACCAUGCUGGGCAUAAAGGUCAUUAAUGUGGAAACCAACAGGUGCGUUCGGAUCCUGGGAAAGCAGGAGAACAUCCGUGUGGUUCAGCUCAGCCUGUUCCAGGGCGUCGCCAAGGCCACCCAGGCCGUGCAGACCAUCGAGAUGAAGGCCUCGGACAAUCCGGCCCUGCAGAUCACCGAGCCGGACCCCACCAUCUUCUGCACGGCCUUCAAGAAGAACCGCUUCUACCUGUUUACCAAGAGGGAGCCUGAAGACACGAAGAGUGCAGACUCGGACAGGGACAUCUUCAACGAGAAGCCUUCGAAGGAGGAGGUCAUGGCCGCCACGCAGGCCGAGGGCCCGAAGAGGGUGUCAGACAGCGCCAUCAUCCACACGACCAUGGGGGACAUUCACAUCAAACUCUUCCCCGUCGAAUGCCCAAAAACUGUGGAGAACUUCUGCGUUCACAGUAGGAAUGGCUAUUACAACGGUCACAUAUUCCACCGCGUCAUCAAGGGCUUUAUGAUCCAGACAGGAGACCCCACUGGCACCGGGAUGGGAGGGGAGAGCAUCUGGGGCGGGGAGUUCGAGGACGAGUUCCAUGCUACGCUGAGGCACGACCGCCCCUACACCCUAAGCAUGGCCAACGGCGGACCUGGCACCAACGGCUCCCAGUUCUUCAUCACCGUCGUCCCAACCCCAUGGCUGGACAACAAGCAUACAGUGUUUGGGAGGAGUACGAAAGGAAUGGAAGUUGUUCAGAGGAUCUCCAAUGUGAAAGUCAAUCCAAAAACCGAUAAGCCCUAUGAAGACAUCAGUAUUAUAAACAUAACUAUCAAGUAAUGAAAAAUAUUGGACUGUAUUUUUACACAACU